GGCAGGCGAAGUAUAGCAGACGUUGAAGUUUGCGUGGAAAUCCUGGAAUUGUGAGCCAAGAAUAACCUUGACAUUUCAUCUAAACUUCUAAGAGCAAGCUAACUUUGUCAGUCAACCAAUCAUGGCAACCAAACGACCAAGAAAUGAUGUAAAUGACGAGAAAAAUGGUGCCUUUCCCGAGCCGUAUUUCACCCCGUUUCCUCAUUUUGGUACAGAUGCGAUCCACGCGGGCCAGGACCCCGAGCAGUGGGCGUCCAACGCCGUAGUGCCGCUGAUCUCACUUUCUACAACUUUCAAGCAAGAGGCACCCGGUGUAAUGCCAGGAGGUUAUGAAUACUCAAGAGGAGGAAACCCAACAAGGACAGUCCUGGAGAAAUGUGUGGCAGCCAUUGAAGGGGCUAAACAUGCUCUUGCUUUCAGCUCUGGUCUUGGUGCCACCAUGGCAAUCUGCCACCUGUUGAAAACCGGUGAUCAUCUCAUCGCUAUGGAUGACAUCUACGGGGGAACCAACCGUUACUUCCAGAAGGUCCUCUCUAACUUUGGCGUCCAGGCAACCUUUGUGGAUGCCCGCUACCCUGAGAAGGUGGCAGAAGCCAUGCAAGAAAACACCAAGCUUGUCUGGGUGGAGACACCAACCAACCCUACCUUGAAGCUUGUUGAUAUCGCAGCAGUCAGCGCUAUCGCUCACAGUCAACCUGGUGUCGUCCUUGUAGCAGACAACACCUUCAGUUCACCUUAUUUCCAGAGAGGACUUGAUCUGGGAGCUGAUAUCGUAAUGUAUUCAGCAACCAAGUACAUGAAUGGACAUUCCGAUGUAGUGAUGGGUCUAGUUGCGUGCAAUGAUGAUGAACUUCACAAGAAACUUCACUUUCAGCUCUAUGCUGCCGGGAGCUGUCCGUCACCUUUUGACUGUUUCCUGGUGAACAGAGGGUUGAAGACGCUUCACAUCAGGAUGAAACAGCAUUAUAAGAAUGGUCUAGCUGUCGCUACAUACCUGGAGAGCAAUCCAAGGGUCCGUAAAGUCAUCUAUCCAGGUCUUCCAAGCCAUCCACAGCAUGAUAUCUUUAAGAAGCAGAUGAAGGGCUUCGGAGGCAUGGUGACCUUCUAUCUUCAAGGUGACCUUGAGAACUCAAAGACAUUCCUCCAGAGUGUCAAGGUCUUCACACUGGCAGAGAGUCUUGGGGGAUACGAGUCACUUGCUGAACUACCUGGGGUCAUGACCCAUGCAUCUGUGCCCCCUGAACAGCGAAAGGUUCUUGGUAUAGACAACAGUCUUAUCAGACUUUCUGUUGGGCUAGAGGACACUGAAGACCUCAUCCAGGAUCUGGAACAAGCUCUCAAGAAAGCUGUACCACUAUAGAUAUUGCCCUUCUGUGAGAGAGGUGACAUACCUUGUGUAAAGUAGACUCUGUUGUAAAUUAUUUGUUUCUUUAAUUUCGAAACUAUCAUGGUUGUAAUCUUGAUUUGAACGGGAAGCGAACUAACCAACAAUGUGUGAAGUCUCUCAUUGACUGUGUCUUGUAAAUAGCUAGGCUUGAAAUAUACACGAGAGAUUAUAACAAUUAAUACAGAAAAUAAAUUAACCUACAUGUAUAAUUUCACUGUGGUAUUAAAACAAUACGGUACUUGAGAGGAAAGGUAGCCGCUUUGCUACAUGGUAACUUAAUCAUUGUAAUAUGAAUGCAUCGACAUAAAUCAGUGUGUUGUCAUUCAAAUGGGCCUAUAUUUUGAGACUACAAUGCUCAGAAUGUUGGAUUAUGGGUAAUAAACCUGGUCAGAUAUGAGUAGUUAAGGACUUGAGGUGGGGCUAUUGAUGGUUCAUAUGCCCUUUAAAGUAAUGUUAGCAUAGCUUUUGAUUGAAUUGUGGUUUUGACACCACUAAUGAUUUCUAAUUGUUGUUAGUGUUGGUGUUAGAGUCCAUUUCAAGUGUGUGCAUCAGUCUGUCUCACCCAGUUGGAACACCUGAAUAUUGGUUUACCAAAGUGAUAGCGUAACACCUUUUGACAUCGGUCCUAGCACCAGCACCAUUUCAAGUGUGGUGUUGGUGUCAAUGUCUGCAUCUACAUCAUUGGUGUGAACCAGACUGCCUAACCUGGCACCAGCACUGGAUGUGGAUUUACACUUGAGUGAGGUCAGUCCCAGCAGCACCAGAAUCAAUUUAAGUCAGGUGCUGUCGCUGGUGUCAAAAUAGUCUUAACACCAUCACUAGCUGUCAAUACCAUCUAUGAAAUCUGGGGAGUGUUUCUCUAAGCAUCUAGUCAGUGAGCCAUCACUGACUAACUUGUUUUGAGCCAAUCACAUGAAAGGAUUUCAGUAGCUUAUAACAUCAGUCAGUGAACAAUCAUUGACGAUUUCUUUCAUGAAAUUCUCCCCACAUGUAUUUAUUGUGCUCACUGUACAGGAAACUCAUUACAUGAUCCUUGUGUGUGAUGAUAAAAAUAGCACUACAUCACAAGACGAAAUUGAGUCGCAUAUUGCCUGUUCACAAUCCUACACACUUGUAUACUAUUAAAACUAAACAAUUUGUAUACUGCAUCCUUCCUCUCACUUCAAAAGUUAUUCGAAAAUGGGGGAUUUUUUUUUAUUACUUCAAUUAAUGAGAAAAAUAAAAUGUAUCGCAUGAAGUAUG